GGCAACAAAGCAAGACCUAUCGCAAACGCGCUCUUGAGCUAGAGGCAAAGCAAACAGUGAGUGAAAAUUUAUCGCUGAGUAGGCUGAUUUACGUAAACGUAGCAAUCGGGUGUGAAAAACAGCAAAGAGAAAUUGUUGAAACGUGGAAACAAACAUAAGUUGAGGAACUUUGAUGCUGCAAAAUUUCAGUGCAAUUCGAAGGUGAAACGCACGCGUCUGCGUUAAAAGACACGCUUUGUAAUCGCGUACAAGACGGGAGCAGGAAGCGAAGGCUAGCUGCAGUCACGUAGUACCGUUUAGCAGAACUUUCUGGAACACACACCUUUGUCGCCGUGCGUUGGUAGUGCGCUAGAACCGUUUUUUGGGCAGUCACAAUGGGGAAGGAUUUCUACAAAAUUCUCGGCGUCUCCAAGACGGCCAGUGAUGACGAGAUCAAAAAGGCGUACCGGAAGCUGGCCCUGAAAUAUCACCCGGACAAGAACAAGGCCCCGCAGGCGGAGGAACGCUUCAAGGAGGUGGCCGAAGCGUACGAGGUCCUGUCGGAUAAGAAAAAGCGCGACGUCUACGAUCAGUACGGAGAGGAAGGUCUCAAGGGAGGCGCUGGAGGUAUGCCAGGCGGUGGCCAAUCCGGUCAGUUCCAGUACAACUUCCACGGUGAUCCACGUGCCACGUUCGCGCAGUUCUUCGGCACGAGCGAUCCAUUCAGCGUGUUCUUCGGCACGGAUGGCGGUGGUAACAUUUUCCACCAGGAAAUGGAUGGCGAUCCCUUUUUGUUUGAUGGACGCAGCAGCGUAGGCGGAUUCCCGGGAGGUGCGUUCCGUUCGCAGUCGUUCAACGUGCAUGGUUCUCCGCAACGUAAGCACAAAAGCCAGGACCCACCGAUCGAGCACGAUCUGUACGUGUCGCUGGAGGACGUGAAUGCCGGUUGCCAGAAGAAGAUGAAAAUAUCCAAAAUGGUGAUGGGCCAGGACGGGUCAGCGCGGAAGGAGGAGAAAAUUUUGAGCAUCAGCGUCAAGCCCGGAUGGAAGGCGGGCACAAAGAUAACGUUUCCGCGCGAGGGUGAUCAGAUUCCCGGCAAAAUUCCGGCCGACAUUGUGUUCAUCAUCCGGGACAAGCCACAUCCGCACUUCAAGCGGGAAGGAAGCGACAUCAAAUACACGGCAAAGAUCUCGCUCCGUCAGGCACUUUGCGGAACAGCGGUAAAGGUGCCAACCCUGGGCGGUGAAAUGCUAACCAUAUCCACCGCCGGUGAGGUCGUAAAACCACACACAGUCAAACGUCUGCAGAACCGGGGUUUGCCGUUCCCCAAGGAGCCAAGUCGGCGGGGUGAUCUCGUCGUAGCGUUCGACAUCCGCUUCCCUGAUCAGGUGACCACAAAUGCGAAGGAAAUUCUGGCCGAUCUGUUCCCGAUGGAUGCAGCGUAAGAUGGUACAGUACUUUCUUCAUCCUCCGCUCCGGCACCAUCCCAACAUUUCCCAAGCAAGCAUAAACAUUCGCGAUUCCGAACACACAGCGUCAGCAUGUUCUCGAAUGUUCCAAUCAAACCCUUUGGUCGAUGCGCUGGUUCGCAUUUGCGUCGCGGUGAAACGCAGGCGCACCAGCGGUGGUGGCCCACAUCACAGGUGUGUGUGGCGAUGAAUUGUAGCCAAAUUCAAACCAACAAUAGCAAAAACAUCAGCCAAAAAUGCUUGUCGGGAAAGGAGGAGAGCAGCGAUUGUCGUUGGGAACAAACGGUGGACUGCUGCGAGGUCACGUAACGUAAAAUAGAUGCAGGCCAACAGAGAAGGUUCGAGCAAAACCUCCUUCUCACCGUAUGCCUACGUGACCAUGCGUGGCCAAAACAGCUGACCACAGAGAGAAAGCGCAUCCCCGUGUGUGCGGUUGGAUGUGUGGUCGGAUUCGCGGGACGGAACCAUCUCGACCAGCAGCGCGCGCGUACAUCCCGCUUGAUUACUGCGUCGUUCGUCGUGUUAUGCGAAGCAGCUAGCGUUUUGUUGUGGGGAAUCAUUGGACAAGACCGAAACAGAGCGAGCGAGAAGCGAACCGCAGUGUAGAAGGUGCAACGGGAUAAGCGCGAUGAAGUAGUAUACCCUCCCGGGGGUUUGGUAGUGGAAGUGAUGAUUUUAGCGCCCUCUACUGGCAACGCUAUCAGUGGCACCGUCGUUAGAGCAGCGUAUUUCACGCAGGAACAUUCUAGAAGGAAACCCCUUCCUCCCUCUUGCAGGUGCCAGGUGAUGUGAAUUUCGCGACCUCGCGGUAGUGUGUUUUGUAGAUUAGAAGCCAAAGAAAAGAGCAGCAAAUCGUGGACAAAUGUUCGAAAAAUCGAGAGAAUUUCCCUUGUGAAGAAGCAUUAUUUAACGCGGUUCAAAUGUGUCGCCGCGGUACUGUAUAUAGUGUGAGAAAAAUCAUGUUGUGUUAGCAAAACAAAAAUCACUCGUUAAUAAGGAAAGCCUAGGUUACUCAAACAUGAUGGAAUGUGGUGUACAUUUUUCUAUUCCAUACAUACGGCUAUGCCCUGAGAUGCGCGCGAUGACGUAGCGCAAGAAGUAUUCGAGAGCGGAAGGUUCCCCUCACGCGUUAAGUGAUGAUAUCCCGCUUCAGCUCUGUGUGCAAAGACUGAUUGGUAAAAGAAGAAGAGAAUAUUUAAGGAUCGCUUCCAAGCAUGUGAACACUAGCACUCCGAACCCUCAGUCCCCCCGUUGGUAGAAAGCCCAGAAAUGUGAAGCUAAAAUUCGCCCGUACAUAAAAAAAAACACUGAAACAGAGCGCCACAGAUGCUUCUUGCGCGUAUGUCCGUGUAGGCUAACUUAGAGACAAAAUCAAUAUUUCUCAAAAGGAUGAACUUAAUUCGUACGUUAUAGUACGGGAGGGCAACCCAUCACUAGUGGUGCCGGAACCGAUCUAGCUUUUAAUUAUUAUUAUUUUAGCCGUACACCAUUUCAUGUCAAUCGUUUAUAGAGUCGCUCUAAUUAUGUUGAUAUUUCAUCGAUUGUUAAGCUUCGGUAGUAAAAUAAAAACAAA